UUUUUACCGUCGAAGCGUUCUUUUCGCGCAGUGAAUUUGUCAAUCAAAAUGGUACGUAAAUAAAAUCUGAAAAUAAUUCGGCCAUCCUAGUGAUAUUUCAUGAAAAAAUAACAUAAUUGAAUCAGUUAAAGUGUCUGCCAAAGGACUGUGUUCGAAUUUUGUGAUUUUGGUUUUAAUAAUACAGUUUUGGUGCACUUUAUUUUGAACUUUCAGCAUGACUGAAGGAACGGCUACAAUUCGUACUCGUAAAUUUAUGACCAACAGAUUGUUGGCUCGUAAACAAAUGGUUGUGGAUGUUCUGCACCCAGGCCAACCCUCUGUUAAAAAAACAGACAUUAGGGAAAAAUUGGCUAAAAUGUACAAAGUAACCCCAGAUGUAGUAUUUGUAUUUGGUUUCCGUACAAACUUUGGUGGUGGCAAAUCAACAGGCUUUGCUCUCAUCUAUGAUACAUUAGACUUUGCCAAGAAAUUCGAACCCAACCACAGGUUACAGCGUCAUGGUUUGUAUGAAAAGAAACAACAGACACGCAAACAACGUAAAGAAAGGAAGAACAGGAUGAAGAAAGUGCGUGGUACUAAGAAGACGAAAGUUGGUGCAGCAGCCAAAAAGUAAUGGGUACAUUUAUCCAGGAUUUGCUCUUCGUUGUGUUGUAUUUACAUUCAAUGGACAAAAAUCGUUUUUAUGUAUGUGUGACACAAUAAACACCUACGAAGAUCAAUAUUUUGUAUGUAUUCUCACUUUCCAUAAAAUAUAUUUAAGUU